UCAGUUAGUUUUGCUUUUAACUGAUCAGCGCACGGUUGAGCCAUGGAUUUAUUUAGCUGUUUGCUGCUGUGCCUGGGAAUUAUUUCCCUACCCAAUGUAGUGUUCACGAUAUGCGUUCCACCCAAUCACUGCAUUGAAGAUAUGGAGGAAAGCGAUGCGAAAGAGCGAUUCGACUAUGUACUUGGCAAAUAUGAGGAGGUGGAAAUGAAAAUUCCCGGAAAACCCGUUGGUUUGCAUGGGAAAGUGGUUACGCAUGGCGAGGCGGAGGAGCAGCACUUGGUGUUCCAGUACAUGGACAAUACGCUGCAUGACAUCAUCCAGACGUGUGCGUUUGUGGUCAAGCGGAAUCCCGGUGAGUGCGAGAACAUCCGCACCUACUGCUCGGCCUUUCUGGGCCGCCUGCCACGCCCCCUCCUGGAGCGACAGCCCAUCAACGUGUGUGACGAUGGGACGCGGGUGGCGGAGGACGAGCCGGAUACGGAAGCGGAAGACAACCCGGACGCCGAUGCUCAGGGGGAGGCUGAUCCGCAGCAGGAGCAGGGAGGCGCAGGAGUCGGUCAAUCGGAGACCACAACAGCGGAGCCGGGCAGCUCCAAAUUAAGUGAAUUUUACUGAGUGGGUGCAAUGUCAGCCAGCGGUUUUUUCACUCAUCUCCACUUGACAUUUGGCAGUCCAUUUUACAAAGAUUUCUAAAAUAAAUGAGAUUAAUUUUCUUUGAUUUUCAA